GUGAGACUGGAAGCACCGCCCAGUUCCCUGCAUUCAUCUUUCACAACCCCACCAGUGGCGCCAUUCAUUGGGCAGGAAGAACAAGAAAGAGGCCACAGGAAACAGUGGCCGCACGUCAGGCGGCAGGAAGAAGGCCACUUGGACAGAGCUUGAGACCCGGCGGCCACACAGCCACAGAACUCUACGGACCACUGAUGGCAGUUGCCAGAAGCCUGGGCCUCCUGCUCUUUCUGCUACUGGCUUCAGGUGAGACGACCACGGUGGAAAGUCCAACGAACGCCUGCCAAUCCAGCAAGGCCUACGAGUAUGACUCUUUCUACUUGAACGACAGAGCUGAGUGUUUUAACAGUUGCCAGCGAUUGGAGGACAGUUCCUGUGAUGUGGGGAACUUGCAGAGCUACUGGCUGAACUAUGAGUCCUACCUGUUGAAGAAUUCCACGCAGAGUGUGGACAUGCCUUUCGUUAAGGCGUUGAUCCAGAACAUCAGCCUGGACAUCUCAGAAGACCUGCUGUACUCUCUGAUGCCCUCCCAGAUCCCAAGGCAGGUGAUGCAGGAUGAGGACCAGCCCGCUGACAGAGUCCGACUUCCCAAGAGCCUGUUUGGAGCCCUGGCUGGCAACAACAGGUCUACAGUCCGGUUGGCCAUAACUAUUCUGAAUAUUGGUGCAGGGAAUGUCUUCAAGGGACCCAAGCUCCUUCAGGACAAUGGCAGCAGUGUGUUGAACAACCGCAUGGUGGGCCUGAGUGUGGGCCAGAUGCCUGCCACCGUGCUGUCGGAGCCUGUGGAGAUUAUCUUCUCCCACCAGCAUCAACCACCUAAUGUGAUCCUCACCUGUGUAUUCUGGGAUGUGGCUAAAGGAGACUGGGAUUCCCAAGGCUGCUCCACAGAGCUCGAGGAUGAGAGGACUGUGUGCCGCUGCAACCACUUGACCUUCUUUGCCUUGCUGCUGAGGCCGAUCUUGGACCUGGCCACGGUACAGGCUCUCACUCGCAUCUCCCAGGCAGGCUGUGCAGUCUCCAUGAUCUUCCUGGCUUUCAGCAUGGUUCUCUUUGUUAUCUUCAGGCUCUCUCUGCAGAGGUUCAAGUCUGAAGAUGCCCCUAAGAUCCACAUGGCCCUGAGCGUCAGUCUGUUUCUCCUCAAUCUCACCUUCUUGAUCAAUGUGGGGAGCGGCUCUCAAGGCUCCCCAGCUUCCUGCUGCGUCCGAGCUGCCAUAUUCCACUACUUCCUGCUCUGUGUCUUCACCUGGAUGAGUCUGGAGGCCUUCCACCUCUACCUACUGGCCAUCAGGGUCUUCAAUACCUAUUUUGGGCACUAUUUCCUGAAGUUGAGCCUGCUGGGCUGGGGCCUGCCUGUUCUUGUGGUCAUUGGUGCUGGGAGUAGCAGUAGUUACGGCAUUUAUACCAUCCGUGACCAGGAGAACCGCACCUCAUUGGAGCUGUGCUGGUUCCAGAAAGAGCCUGCCCUCUAUGCUACUGUCCACGCCUACUUCCUUGUCACCUUCCUCUUCGGUGCUGUGGUGCUGGCUCUGGUGGCCUGGAAGAUCUUCACUCUGGCCAGUGUCACAGCAGGCAAAGGAGAGGGCCAGACCUGGAAGUCGGUCCUCACAGUGCUGGGCCUCUCGAGCCUGGUGGGCAUGACCUGGGGGCUGGCAGUUCUCACACCCCUGGGCUUGUCCACCAUCUACAUCUUUGCCUUCUUAAACUCUCUGCAAGGGCUCUUCAUCUUCUCCUGGUUCAUCAUCCUCUACUUCCCAACUCGGAAUACCAAAGCUUCCUCUUCUGGCACUGCCCACCUGGACCAGGCCCACUCCAUGUCGCAGGAGUAGUCGUGCAGGUGGCUGCAGUUUGCCUCACUUCUGGAUGGUUUGUGUGAUCUUGAACAGCUACCUACUUCCUUCUGGGCUCCAUUGCCUUCUCUGUACAGCGUGUCUAAGGAGGAAAAGGAUGGGGACCAGGCUAGGCCACCUGGCUU